UCACUAUCGGCGGUUAGCUAUCUUCCUAGGUUAGCUAGGUAUCUUGACAAAAUAAUAGUGGCAUCAAUAGAUUGAUUGACUGUAGUCGUAGCUAGUUAACUACCGUCCACUAAACGCCAUAUGCUUUAUUUUUCAUUGUUGUUAUAAUAAUUGAAUUGUCUCCCUAUUGUUGCCUCUUUCCCUUGGCCAUCCAUCAUGAGCGACCUCCGCCGAGUGCCUUCGUCUGGCGCCGUCGAUGUCGGCUACCCGACGGGACAUCUCGGCCACCUCACCGAACACGAGACUCAGGCAUUGGCAGACUUCAAAGCCCUUCUACAAGAGAAGGGCCUCUAUAAGCCCGGUCCUCCAUCGUCGCACGAUGAUCCCACAUUACUGCGGUAUCUACGCGCUCGAAAAUGGGUGCCACAGGACGCAUACGUGCAGUUUGCAGAUACAGAGAAGUUCCGGAACGCAAACGAGAUCGAUACGCUCUAUGAAACUAUCGAUAUUGACUCGUACGAGGCUUCGAGGAAACUGUACCCGCGCUUCACUGGACACAGAGACAAGCGAGGGAUACCCAUCUAUGUCUUCCAGAUCCGACAUUUAGACUCCAAAGCCGUCGCCGACUACGAGAAGUCGACUGAAACCACAUACAGCAAGGCCAAGACAGAUGGGAAGACACCGGCCAAGCUGCUGCGCCUGUUCGCGCUGUACGAGAACCUGACCAGAUUCGCCCAGCCGUUGUCGUCCGAAUGCGUCGACCGCCAAAAUCCAGAGACCCCGAUCACUCUCAGCACCAAUAUCGUCGACAUCUCGCACGUCAGUUUGCGCAUGUUCUGGAACCUCAAAGCCCACAUGCAGGCCGCCAGUCAGCUAGCUACCGCGCACUAUCCCGAGACUCUAGACCGAAUCUUCAUCAUCGGCGCUCCUUACUUCUUCUCGACCGUAUGGGGCUGGAUCAAGCGAUGGUUCGACCCCGUCACCGUAUCCAAGAUCUUCAUCCUCAGCGACCACGACGUGCUCCCCGUCCUGACGACCUUCAUGGACCUCGAGGACAUCCCCAAGGUCUACGGCGGCAAGCUCGAGUGGAGCUUCUUCGACGAACCCGCCUACGACGACGAGAUCAAGCGGAUAGUGACGUGGGAGAACGGGUUUACCAACUUCCCGCCUGGACCCUGCUAUUGGCGCCCCAGCGCAGAUGGCACACGGCUGGAGUGUCUCGCAGUGGGUAGUAAGGGCGGUAAGGAAAGGAGGGAGGUGGUGUGUACCAUCCCCAAGGCGUUCCUGCCUAAGUCCGAUUCUGCCACUGAGACCUCAACGACGAAUAAUGAGAAAGAGGAGGUCAGCGAAGAGGCCUCGACAGAGACUGCGCCCAAGGCCCCUCUACCAAGGGCAGACGACCCCGAGGCGACCACCGCCGAGUCUACCGCCGAUGCUGUGGCAGGUCUAGUCAUCACCGACGCCAAGGAUUCGACGGAGCAGCUUUCCGAGAAGAUCGCCUCCGUGGCCGACGCCCUUCCUGAGACAAAAGCGCAUUAAAUUUUAACUCUUCAUUCGUAACGACGAUGAUGCUAUCAUGCAUAGAAAUAGGCAUCAUCGAUUUCGCAUAUUAUAACGAUUUCGAUGACAGACUCCUUGGUCAUCUUGGGUAGACUAUCCUAGCUUAGUUUAUCAGUCAUUAACGACGUAUAGACGAUGGGGGAGACACACACACAUAUAUAUAUAGUUAACUAGUUACUGGUAGAUGCUUAGUGAUGCAUU